UCUUCUGCAACGUACCAGAGCCGUCGAAUGUUAAACCAAACCAAACUCUCUUCAGUGCCAAUUCCGUAAACAAACGAAGAAAUGGCGAUCUCUGCCACUCAUCUCUUCUUAGUGUCGUUCAUCACCCUGUCUCUGUUCCUUGUGAUUUCCAAAGCUGAAUCGGAAUCAGAGCUGGUAGCCGAUCUCCUAGCCCUCCAGUCCGAAUCAAAAUCAGGAGUCAUCCACUUAGACGACCGGACCGUCUCCAAAUUCCUGACAUCCCCGAAAACUCCUCGCCCUUUCUCUUUCAUCAUCUUCUUCGACGCCACCCAACUCCACGACAAAUCCGAGCUCCACCUCCGGGAACUCCGGAACGAGUUCGCCCUCGUCGCCUCCUCUUUCAUCACCAACAACAACAGCUCCAAUACCAAGCUCUUCUUCUGCGACAUCGAGUUCCGCGAAUCCCAAUCGUCCUUCCACCUCUUCGGCGUCAACUCCCUCCCCCACAUCCGCCUCGUCGGCCCCACCGCCAAAUCCCUGAAAGAUGACUCGGAGCAAAUGGACCAGGGGGAUUUCUCCCGAAUGGCUGAGUCGAUGGCCGAGUUCAUCGAGUCCAGAACUAAACUUACCGUGGGUCCCAUCCAUCGUCCCCCCAUUCUUUCUAAAAAGCAACUCGCUCUAAUCGCUGCCCUUUUGUUAAUUUGGUCUCCGUUCGUCGCCAAGAAAAUCUUCGCCGGCCAAACCCUCUUGCACGAUCCCAAAAUUUGGCUUUCCGGAGCCGUUUUUGUCUAUUUCUUUAGCGUUUCGGGGGCGAUGCAUAAUAUAAUAAGGAAAAUGCCGAUGUUUUUGGUGGAUAGGAACGAUCCAAACAAAUUGGUUUUCUUUUACCAGGGAUCGGGGAUGCAGCUAGGAGCGGAAGGGUUCGCGGUGGGUUUUCUUUAUACAAUUGUGGGAUUAUUGCUCGCAUUCGUGACUCAUGUGCUUGUUUAUGUCAAGGAUGCGACAGCCAAGCGUGUGGCGAUGCUUGUUGCGAUUUUCGUUUCGUUCUGGGCGGUGAAGAAAGUGAUUUUCUUGGACAAUUGGAAGACUGGAUAUGGGGUUCAUGGAUUCUGGCCUUCCAGUUGGAACUGAAGGCAUUAUUCUUCUUUGUUUUCUCGGCUAGUAUGAGGUGAAUUAUGGUUUUGACAAUUGGAGAAUUUAGUUGAGAACUUGAUAUCAAUUUUCUAUUUUUAAAUGCAUGACUUUGCACGAAAUGUUGGGCUUAUAGAACCAUUAGUUGAUUACAAGUUGACAUCUUUACUUGAAAAAUGCAUUUGCUAUAAGAUUUUCAGAUGUUAAUUAUAGUGCCUCAUAUUUAUGUGUUCAA